AUAAUAACAAAAUUGUUCCAACAUGAGUAAGUUGAAGUCAAGGGACUAAAACUGUGUUUAAACAUAAGUUGAAGGACGCUUUUUGUACUUCAUAUCAGUCGCCACAAAGAAAGAACCCGUGCUACGAACAGUAUUUCAAUCUUCGUCAUCGUUCUUCCCCCAUUCAUUUCAGAACUUCACUGUCUAUCGCUCCUUAGGUUUAUUACAUCUACGUAAAUCCACCUACUUUCUUUACCGUCAACCUUCGCUUCAGAUGGUGUUCACAGAUAUUGAAUGGCCUUAACUGUUGUUAGGUUAUAUCGCUGUUUUGUGAUUACAAGGAGAAGAUGAACAGGCCUGCACCAUAUGCUGAUGCAGGUGUCAAUAGAUAUGCUGCUUCUCAGCUGCUGCACAUGUCUGCACAGAGAAUGCAACCGAAUGCUCAAAUAAGCGAGUUUCCUGGGCAAACUCAAUGUCCAUCUCAAGCAGAUGGCCGACAGCAAUGGGAUACAACACCACAGAUUGAAUUGAAUCCAAUGUCCCCUCCUUCAUAUUCACAAGGACUUCCUCAAGAGCGUAUGGCAAAUCAAAAGAUUAAUUAUGAGAACGAAGCAGAUAACGACCCGAGACUGCAAUCAUAUGAGCAAGACAUGGAAAUUGGGUAUGAGGAGGACAAACCUUCCGAAAUUAGUUUCCAAGGACUUGAGCAGAAAUUCCAAGACGAGAUCAUGAAAUUGAUAAAAGAGUUGAGUGAUGUGGAAGAUGAAGAAAGCGCUAGACACAAAGAGAGAAUGGUAGAGAUCAAUAGACGAUACCAAGAGAAGCUGUCUUCACUUAGAGUCCAACAUGCAGCACAAGUAGGGGAGCUCCUCCGCAAGGAAUCACAGGCCCGGUUACAUCAGUAUCAACAAGAAGUAGGUGCAGAAAUCACCACCCACCUGACUCAUCCCCAUGAUUAUGGUUGGCCCAGGCCCUAUAUGCCACACACAGAUCAUCAUGGAGCCAAGAGAAGUCAAGGGCCUGAGCCGGUAAGGGUUCCAUACCCUCAUGGCCGAGUUUAUAACAAUUCUGGUUCCCGUUACUAAUGUCAACUAUCUGGUUAACCUUUACGACUUGCGGUUCUUCCACCGUAUUUAUUGUUGGCUUGGGUCUCAUCCUUAUCGGGCUGGUGCAAGCAGUGGUUUUCAGUUGCCAGUGUUUGGAUUCUUGUUUAAACUUAGACCCAUGAUUUCCUUGCAUUGAAUCGAGUCAAGCAAAAACCAUUUU